AUGCGGAGCCGGCCCACGGCGGGCACUUGGCAGAUGUGGGGAGGGAGAAGCCCCCACCAUGAUCUCCGGCUCCCUGAGACAGGCGGCUACUACCCCGUGAAGAUCGGCGACCUGUUCAACGGGCGGUACCACGUGGUGCGCAAGCUGGGCUGGGGCCACUUCUCCACCGUCUGGCUCUGCUGGGACAUCCAGCGCAAGCGCUUCGUGGCCCUGAAGGUGGUUAAGAGCGCGGGACACUACACGGAGACAGCUGUGGAUGAGAUCAAGCUCCUGAAAUGUGUCCGAGACAGCGACCCCAGUGACCCCAAAAGAGAAACCAUCGUCCAGCUUAUUGACGACUUCAGGAUCUCAGGUGUGAAUGGAGUCCACGUGUGCAUGGUGCUGGAGGUCCUGGGCCACCAGCUCCUCAAGUGGAUCAUCAAGUCGAACUACCAGGGCCUGCCCGUGCCCUGCGUGAAGAGCAUCGUGAGGCAAGUGCUGUAUGGCCUGGAUUACCUCCACACCAAGUGCAAGAUCAUCCACACGGACAUCAAGCCCGAGAACAUCCUGCUGUGUGUGGGGGACGCCUACGUCAGGCGCCUGGCCGCCGAGGCCACGGAGUGGCAACAGUCAGGGGCCCCACCGCCGUCCCGCUCCACAGUCAGCACUGCCCCCCAGGAAGCCUUGACCGGUAAGCUGUCCAAAAACAAGAGGAAGAGGAUGAGGCGCAAACGGAAGCAGCAGAAGCGGCUGCUGGAAGAGCGGCUGCGGGACCUGCAGAGGCUGGAGGCCAUGGAGGCCGCGGCCCAGGCAGAGGACUACGGCUCCAGACUAGAGGGGGGCAGUGGCUCUACCUCGUCUUCAGGCUGCCACCCCGGGGGGGCCAGGACAGGCCCCUCGCCAGCCUCCUCCUCCCCUGCCCCAGGGGGCGACCGCAGCCUCAGCCCCGGCUCGCAGACCUCAGGCUUCUCGGGCUCGCUUUUCUCUCCCGCCUCGAGCUCCAUCCUCUCAAGCUCGUCCAACCAGCGCGAGACCGGGGGCCUCCUAUCACCCAGCACACCAUUUGGUGCCUCGACCCUCCUGGUGAACCCCCUGGAGCCCCAAAACGCAGACAAGAUCAAGAUCAAGAUUGCAGACCUGGGCAACGCCUGCUGGGUGCACAAGCACUUCACGGAGGACAUUCAGACGCGGCAGUACCGCGCCGUGGAGGUACUGAUCGGCGCCGAGUAUGGCCCCCCGGCAGACAUCUGGAGCACGGCGUGCAUGGCCUUCGAGCUGGCCACCGGCGACUACCUGUUCGAGCCUCACUCUGGAGAAAACUACAGCCGCGACGAGGACCACAUCGCUCACAUCGUGGAGCUCCUGGGAGACAUACCCCCGGCCUUCGCCCUCUCGGGCCGCUACUCCCGGGAGUUCUUCAACCGGAGAGGCGAGCUGCGGCAUAUCCACAACCUCAAGCACUGGGGCCUGUACGAAGUGCUCAUGGAAAAGUACGAGUGGCCCCUGGAACAGGCCACACAGUUCAGCGCCUUCUUGUUGCCCAUGAUGGAGUACAUCCCCGAGAAGCGGGCCAGCGCCGCCGACUGCCUCCGGCACCCCUGGCUCAACCCCUAGGCCCCAGGACAGCUCGGCAGCUGGGGCCGGCCGGGCUCUGCCUCCCAGCUCAGUGCCUUGAGGGAAUGUGGGUCAAGUCCCG